UGAGCAUGCGCAGACGUCUCGCAGGUUACACGAGUUUAUUUCUAGUCUUUCUCCUGCAGACGCGUUGUGAUUAAAACCGUGCGCGGAUUACAAACAAUGCUCCUCCUGGACUCUCGGAGGUAACAACCUGGGUGGGGAACGUCUCCGGAGGGUUUUUCGGAGGAAUUUAGCGGCGACAUGUGAAAUGUUGCUGCGUGGUUUGUCGGUAUUUCCAGGCGGCGACGGGCAGAACAAACCGGGCUAGUAGCUGGUAGCAACGCAGCUCGGCUGGAUAUCGUCCACAUCUCCGCUGCUGAGCGUGUGGUAGCAUCGACGCAGGGUUUUUAUACAUUACACACUGUUUGUCCGGUAAUAUCAGACAGCAGGUCGUCAGGUUUUCUACAUCAAACUGGUGUUUAAAUGUAAAGAAGGAGAAGACAGGACGGCGGAGCAACGGAGCUAAUGCUAACUACUUUUUGUGCCACCGCUGUUUAAGUGAGAUCAUAUUGUUUUGGCCGACAUGGCAGCCAGCGGAUACUCUGACCUGAGGGAGAAGCUGAAGUCCAUGACCCCACACAGAGACGAGGAGAAGAAUAAAUACGUGGACGGGACGAGUAAUGGCAGCGGGAAGGGUCGAAAGCGCAAGUUUCGAGAGUCCGACGAGGACGAGUAUGAGCACAGCGACGACAACGCGGAGCUCCGGGAGCAGGAGGCCCACCGGGUGAGGAGCAGCAUCCUGCAGAAGAGCAUCUUCACAGCGGAGGAGUGCGCCCUCAUCGAGGAGAAGAUAGACGACGUGGUUGCUCAGGGAGAGGCUGGACUUUACCGUGAGCACACCGUGGACAGGGCACCCCUCCGCAACAAGUACUUCUUCGGGGAGGGGUACACUUAUGGAUCCCAGCUGGAGAAGCGUGGACCGGGCCAGGAGAGGCUGUACCGAAAGGGGGAGGUGGAUGAGAUCCCGGGCUGGGUGCACGAGCUGGUGAUCAAGCGUCUGGUGUCCAGUGGGGUGAUCCCGGAAGGAUUUGUCAACAGUGCAGUCAUCAAUGAUUAUCAACCGGGGGGCUGCAUCGUGUCCCACGUAGAUCCCCUGCACAUCUUCGCCCGGCCCAUCGUCUCCGUGUCCUUCUUCAGUGACAGCGCGCUCUGCUUCGGCUGCCGCUUCCAGUUCAAGCCGAUCCGGGUGUCGGAGCCUGUGUUUGUGCUGCCCGUGAGGAGAGGCAGUGUCACGGUCCUCAGUGGGUACGCCGCUGACGACAUCACCCAUUGCAUCAGACCCCAAGACAUCAAGGAGCGGCGUGCCGUUAUCAUCCUUAGAAAGACCCGACCGGAUGCUCCUCGACUGGACUCUGACAGCCCUUUAAGCUCUUCUCCUGUAGAGAGACACGCUCCUCUGAAAGCCAAACGCUCUCAUCGCAGAGCAGACCCUGAUGCUGCUCACAGGCCGAGAGUUCUCGAGAUGGACAAAGAGGAGAACAGACACCCGUCAGCGUCGCGUCACCGUCGUCACAGCAUCAGCUCAGAGAACUACUGGAGGCGCGGUCAAGACUCUGACAAACACCGGGAGAGUUCAGGACGCAAAGUCAAAAUGAGACGCCACUGAGCACUUCUCUAUCAACACAUGUACACAUAUAAAUAUACCCGCUCUUUUAUGUAUUUCAAUAUUGUAACAUUCUUUGAUUCGAUCUUCAUUUUUCUCGCUCCAGUUUUGGCACGAGGAGCACGGUCAUCAUGUUGUCUGCAUUUUGAUUUUGAGUUUGGAUCAGUUUGAGUGCAUAUUUGUUUCUGGCAGACGAAGCUGGAGUCUCUGCUACACAGUUCAGAACCUCAAGUUACUCACUACAGUUAGGCUCUGUUGUUAAACUGUUCUAUUACCUUAAAUUAAUUACAUUUCUUGUUUCUAUGUCCAUAGAUACUUCAAAAUGGCAUGUAUUUUUUGUAACCAAGAUGUACAGACCGCAGGAACUAAAAAGAAAUGUAUGUAUGGACUUGUACAAAAGAAAAACCUGAGCUGUAAUCUAACUUGUUAUAAUGUACAAUACGUUUGUAUAGUCUUCGAUUGGGGGAACUUUUAUGCAGAAAGAAAGACACCUUUUGUUUUUUCGCACCUACAUUUCUGAUCCGUACCUUUUUUACUGUGCCAUCCCAGAUCUUUGCUGUUCGUUCACUUAAGGUCAACCUGUCGCAGUUUAAGUUGAAUUAACCCGGCAGAUGUGCAGCCAUGCGGUCUGUGUUAUGAUUUGGUUCAGCUUUAUGGCUCAUCUUGGUGGAGGUCACAAUAUGGUGCAUAAACUAAACUGAAGCUUUAUGGAGUGAGCUUUAUGGGCUUGUUUUUCCACUCCUGUUUCAGUCUGAAGUUGCUUUACCUUAUAUAGUGACAGAGGCUGUGUUACUGCUGUUCUGUAUUAAAUCUAUUUUCUUUCUCGUUUAAAUUGGGUGAUAAUUUGGUUAAUCAGAACUUAAUGUGAGCAAAAGCAAACCCCAUUAUGUCUGAACACGAGGCCGAGAAGAAACUCAAUUUCCAAAUGUAUUUGUCCUUGUGGUUUGCUGUGUAAACACAGAUACAUUUGUUUUUUGCUCCCAGUCAGCCGUAUUUGGCAGAGGCGCUCAUUAGCUGACUGCUAGAUUAGUCUGGAGUUACAUAUGAACAAAAAUAACCUUGGUUGAGAGGAGAAAUUACUUUUCUAAAAACAGGGUGAGUUGUGUUUAUGGUUUAAUGAAGCUCUGCGACAGUUGUGAACUUGAACAUGUUGGCGAAGGUUUAAAGUAAUUGUCUGCAAAUACUGGAGCUCUUCAAAGAGUGGGACGCUAAUUUUGUGGACACAGUGGUGGCAGAUGAGGCGAUUUCACUGGUCACAUUUCUUGACAACAAAGGUGCAGUCUGAAUGAAAUAAAUCUGAAAGUGUCUCCACAGAUAUUUUAUUUGUGAAUCAGCCUGAUUGUUAUUCGAGUUGACCUUACUACCAGAGAUAUGUUUCUCUCAGUCCUUCAAUUCAAGAUAAUUUCCCUUAAAUUACUUUUUUUGUUAAUGUUUGGACUGAUUGAAUCAAUACAGUAUAUACUGUCUAUUCUCUGUCAUGUUCUAUCUUUUCUGUUCACUUUAGGUCAUCUUUACCUGAUAGGAAACUCGUCCUUUGGUUGUCAUCCUCAUUGAAAUGAACAGUUUCUAACAUUGGAAUAGUUGUUUCAUUCAUGUUAAUUUAAGUUGUAGUGAUCAUAUCAGUUAAAUUAUGAUUUUCACUCUAGAUGAGAAGACAUGGGGAAAACAAGUUUGGACAAUUCUGCUAGUAUUUCUUUAUAUUUUAGUUUGUAUAUUAUAUAUCAUCGAUAUUUCAAGAGUUAUUUAUAAUUCAAUAAAGAAAAUGUCAAAUGUA